GGGAUACUACCCAUGUCAGGAGCGAGUUGGCAGGUCGACUGACCACAGGCAGUCUCUCAGCCAGGGCCCUCUCAGCAUUGGCAUGGACUCCAGGAUCCUGCCUGCCAGGGGCUGGCUCAGCAGCCGCCCACCCACCUCUGAGCCCGACCUGGAGCCUGCCACAGAGGGGCCAGCCUCUGAGACCACCACCCUCAGCACAGAAGCCACCAACUUUAAUGACACCAGAAUCCCUGAUGUGACUGGUAGCACAGCUGGUGUGGGCACAAUGCUUCUGUCCUUUGGGAUCAUCACGGUGAUUGGCCUGGCUGUGGCCAUGGUUUUGUACAUUAGGAAGAAGAAAAGGCUGGAGAAGCUCCGCCACCAGCUCAUGCCCAUGUACAGCUUCGACCCUACAGAGGAGCAAGAUGAGCUGGAGCAGGAGCUGCUGGAACACGGGCGCGACGCCGCCUCCAUGCAGGCUGCCGCCUCUGUGCAGGCCGCGCAGGGCAAGACCACGCUCUCCUCUCAGGGCCCACUGCAGAGGCCCAGCCGGCUGGUGUUCACUGACGUAGCCAAUGCCAUCCAUGCGUGAGUGGCCCGAGGACCGGCCCGGACCUCUGAUGAAGACAUCUGCCAUCGUGCC